UCUCUGCCACUCGAAAGAAACGAAUCAAAACCGACUUCCCGUCUCUGUACGCUCAAUUUGAUAGACGUACACGUGUCGUCAAUCUGUAGGUUACAAGCAGCGGUUUCGUCGUAAGUCGGCCAAACUUUUCCUAUUUAAAGUCCCAUCCUUACCCACAAUCUCUAUAAUCUCUCAUCUUCUUCGACAAAUAUCAGAUUUCAAUUCCUCUUCUCUAAAGAUGCAGAUCUUCGUGAAAACCCUAACCGGCAAGACGAUCACUCUCGAAGUCGAGAGCUCCGACACGAUCGACAACGUCAAGGCCAAGAUCCAGGACAAGGAGGGGAUCCCGCCGGAUCAGCAGAGGCUGAUCUUCGCCGGCAAGCAGUUGGAGGACGGCCGCACCCUCGCUGAUUACAAUAUUCAGAAGGAGUCAACUCUCCAUUUGGUCCUCCGAUUGAGGGGAGGUAUGCAGAUCUUCGUGAAAACCCUCACUGGCAAGACCAUAACCCUAGAGGUGGAGAGCUCUGACACCAUCGACAACGUGAAGGCUAAGAUCCAGGACAAGGAAGGGAUCCCUCCGGACCAGCAGAGGCUGAUCUUCGCCGGGAAGCAGCUUGAGGACGGCCGCACCCUGGCGGACUACAACAUCCAGAAGGAAUCAACUCUCCAUUUGGUCCUCCGAUUGAGGGGAGGUAUGCAGAUCUUCGUCAAAACCCUAACCGGGAAGACCAUAACUCUCGAGGUGGAAAGCUCGGACACCAUCGAUAAUGUGAAGGCCAAGAUCCAGGACAAGGAAGGAAUCCCCCCUGACCAGCAGAGGCUCAUCUUUGCCGGAAAGCAGCUUGAGGAUGGUCGUACCCUCGCUGACUACAACAUACAGAAGGAGUCAACCCUUCACUUGGUCCUCCGGCUCAGGGGCGGUAUGCAGAUCUUCGUAAAGACCCUGACAGGAAAGACGAUUACCCUGGAGGUUGAAAGCUCGGACACGAUUGAUAAUGUCAAGGCAAAGAUUCAAGACAAGGAGGGGAUUCCACCGGAUCAGCAGAGGUUGAUCUUUGCAGGUAAGCAGCUGGAAGAUGGCAGGACCUUGGCCGACUAUAAUAUUCAGAAGGAGUCCACUCUGCACCUUGUCCUUCGUCUCCGUGGGGGUUUCUGAACUGGUCUUUAGCUUUGUUGUGUUUCAUCUAUGUCUGUCAUCCCUUUCUGUCUGUCAUGUCUGUUUAAAUAAUUGAAUUUUCAUUUGUUUGGAAUCAAGUUGUUUGCAAUGUUUCUUUAAUAGAGAUCACUCCAUAGCAUGGCAUCGCAAGCCCUACAUACCACCUAAAACACUAAAAAUUGAACUACUUUGUCUUGAGUUAGUUGUUUCUGCGUAGUGUAUUGCAUUUCACAACUCCAGUUGAACUUUUUGUGAAAUUUUUGUAGUGUUUUUGCUGUUCCCAACUCCGCUUCAAGACGAUUAGAAUUGAAUGUGAUGCUGGAUCCUAAUGUUAAUAUAGAGC